ACCGUUGCUUUAAGCUUAGAUAAACGUUUAAAUAAUAAGCAUUCAGAUCUGCACAAUGAGUUUAAAUAGUGACAGGUAAUAAAGUAGUUGUUACACCUGUCCUGUUGUUCUGCUCCGGUGCAGACCGUACUAGAGGAGCAUAGGGUAGACGUUCCCUUUAGGGACGAUGACGAGGCCGCCGAUUUGUGACAAUCUAGUUGCUUUAUUAUUAGUUUUGCAGGACACAGCCGGACCCGUUCAUCACUCUACUGUGCAGUGCACGCACUACCCCUCUCUCUCUCUCUUUACUCGCCCAUUCACUCACUGACGUCAGUCAGACAACAUGUUGCCAUUCUCUUAAACACACAUACACUACUAUCAUAAGUUAACCAGGUCCCCUGUUGUGCACAUGUAGAUAGGUAGACACACACACAGCUGCUUGGAUUGAUGCCAAAUAUUAGCAGAGUUAAAGGCCUACUGAAACCCACUACUACCGACCACGCAGUCUGAUAGUUUAUAUAUCAAUGAUGAAAUCUUAACAUUGCAACACAUGCCAAUACGGCCGGGUUAACUUAUAAAGUGCAAUUUUAAAAUUCCCGCCACACUUCCGUUCGAAAAACUCAUUUGCAUAUGACGUAUGCGCGUGACGUCACAAGAGCUACGGAAGAGGUUGGACCCUAUCGGAUCCGACAUAAAAACCUGUGUUUUCGACAAAAUUCCACAGUAUUCUGGACAUCUGUUGGUGAAUCUUUUGCAAUUUGUUCAAUUUACAAUGGAGACUACAAAAAAGAAAGCUGUAAGUGGAAAGCGGUGUGUUGCUGCGGGAUGUAGCAACACAAAGACAAACACAACUGGUGUUGCAUUGUUUUUAUUCCCAAAAGAUGGCGGCCAAGCUUUACUAUAGAACAAAGAAGUCAAGCGAACACGGUUGGAUUGGACCACACACGCAAAGUACAGUGUAUUAUGCAGCGAACAUUUCGAACAAUCAUGUUUCGAAGAGGGUCCCUUGCAAAGGGCAGCGAUGGGCAUCGCCACCACCCGUCGACUCGUGCUGAAGAAAGGUGCGAAGCCAACUGUUUUCAACAGACCACGGCCAUGCUUAAGUGCAAGUUCGACAAGUUCAGAGCACCCCACACCCUCCACAAGUGGACAGACUGUGCACAUGAGGUCUGCAUUUGCCAAAAGGGAAAGGAAGAGGACAAUAGAUCAGAUCAUGGCCAGUACGACUACGGCAUCAGUGGCGGAUGCGGUGGAUGAACCAAUGGCAAUGGCACUAGAUUUGCCUGAUGAGGAGGGCAAUCAAGAUCAGGGAAAUACAAGAGAACAAGGAUGCCAGACGGACUGGGUACCGAUUGGCAGAGCACCAACAGCAAUGACCAGUAGCAAGAGCACCCAAACAGGGAAAAUACAUCAUAGAUCAAAGGGACACCAGGUGACCCCAGAGAUCCUCGAGAGGGUUAGAGCUCGGCUGGCCAGGGUUAGUGAAGUCCCAUCGUCAAGUGUAGCAGCUCCAUCUGACAGCCCCGAGAUGCAGACUAACAUAGCAACUCCAGGUGCUCCUGCAUUGUUUGAUGUAGGACCAGCAUCAAGUCCCACUGCGCCUUUUGUUAGUGGUUCUUCCGAUGACAGCUAUGUGCCGAGUGAGUCAUCGACAUCGGAUCCGUGUCAAUCUGACGGGUCGUCAGAUCACCCACGUACUCACCAGAUGCGUGAAGAGGGCUGCCACAAGGAACCGAAGUACAUCAUCUUUGAGUCGUGCCUCCAGAGUCUCGUCAAGCGGUGUCACUGUCCAGUCUGUGGCAGCCAGGACAUAAGCCCUUCUUGGGAUUCAAACGGUACACAGUUGACCAUGACUCUUCAAUGUGCAUCAUGUGACCAGAGGAGUAGUUGGAGCAGCCAGCCAAACAUUGGCCCUUAUGCCGCGGGCAACAUCCUGCUAUCUGCUGGCAUCCUCUUCGCUGGCGCAUCUUCUGGCAAGGUGUUGCAAGUGCUGAACAGCAUCGGAGUGGUCACGUAUGUGAAGAGGACAUUUUUCAACCACCAGGAGCUCAUCCUGCAGCCAGCCAUCAAAAAGGUGUGGGAGGAACAGCAACGGACGCACCUCACCAUGCUGCAGGUGGAAGGCCGACCCCUCGUCCUUGGUGGUGAUGGGCGAGCAGACAGUCCGGGACACAGUGCCAAGUUUGGUACCUACACCACAAUGGAGCUUGUGGCCAAUGUGGUUCUCGACCUUUAGGUUGUACAGAGCAACGAAUGUCUUGGCAGCUACCAUAUGGAGAUGGAAGGACUGAAGAGGAUGGUGGAGCUGUUGAUCAGCUGGGACCUGGAUGUCGGGGUGCUGGUGACAGACCGACACAGAC